UGGGGCCCUCAAAUAGUGGUUUAAGGAACGGUUCAGAACGGUAUAGGAACAGCGUUGUGGAUGGCCUAACGCGCUGCCAUCUUCUUCUUCCUUCAACUCUGCACUUAAUCUUCCCCCCUUCGCCUCUGCAGUUCAUUUUUCCAGUGAAAUUAUGGUUAAUCAAGGAGGCGGAGGAACAGUAGCCGUUGCGCAAAUACCAACGAGCUUUGGGCAUGAGCUGAGAGCCUGCCUUCGCUGCCGACUUGUCAAGACCUAUGACCAGUUUAGGGAAUCUGGGUGUGAGAACUGCCCCUUCUUUCAGAUGGAAGACGACCAUGAAAGAGUUGUUGACUGCACAACCCCCAAUUUCACAGGGUUAAUCUCUGUCAUGGACCCGACUAGAAGUUGGGCCGCCCGUUGGCUUCGUAUUGAUGAUGACGCAGUUCAAGUAAACUUGCUUGAAGGAUUAUCUCUGUGUUCACAGCUGUAUUAUGUGGAAAAUUUGCUCCUGGUUGCUAUACGCUUGCAGUCUCUGAAGCACUGAAUCCCGACUUGCAGAAUAUAUGUGAAGAAGAGCACGUGCCUUACGUUCUUCCUAAAUGUGUCUGACUUGCCACUUGAUUGUGCAUCCAGCUUAUCUACCCUUCCCCUAGUCUUCCUGUUUUAUAUGCCCUCCACCCCUCUCCCUAGAAAACUGAACGUAGAAUAUGAUAGACCUGCUACAGCGUAAACAUUUCAUUCUCGACGAAUUUUUCUUGUCAUGUUGUGUGGAUUUGUAGUUUUUGCAGUUUGAGAUAAUGUGUUAAAUUUCAAGCAUGAUAGGUUGAUACUGAUCUCUUUUUGACCCUUAUAAUGUUUCAGAUGGUUCUAUA